AAAACCCUAUUCUCUUUCCUAGGGCUUUGUUUCUCUUUGGGACGAACCGAAGGCUUUUGAAGGUUGCGACAAUGAGGCCGGUUUUCGUGGGUAACUUCGAGUACGAUACUCGCCAAUCUGAACUGGAGCGUUUGUUUGGAAAAUACGGGAAGAUCGAGCGUGUGGACAUGAAAUCUGGUAAGAUGUAGUUGUUUGUUUUUUAUGUGACCGCAUCCAGCAAUGUUUUUUAAGCAAUAUGCAGGCUUGUAAGUGCAUAUAUGCAAAGGUAGUUGUCGAUGUUACAUUGGACUUAAUCAUUAUUGUGGAGUUAAAUUUCUUCUAACUUCUCUGAGCUUAUGGUUUUUAACAAGGAAAUUUAUAUUAUCCAUGUGGAGGUUGUGGCUCUUCCAUAGCUGGACUCUAUUUUUCAUUAUAAUUAUGUGAAACUUCAAAAGUUUAGCUAAGUUCAUAGCGGAACUUGUCAACUCGGGAGUUGCUUUUUGUUUAUUUAGUGUACCUCUCCCUCUGUUUCCUUCUUCCAGUUUCUGUCUUCAAUUAUUUGAUUAAUCAUUUUUAAGACAAUAGUGUUGCGAGUUUUGUUGGUUUGUUGUAUUCUUUAGGCGAAUUUAUGAGCUGUGGCUGCUUCCUUGCUUAUUGCGCACAAGGAUAUCCAUCAUGGCAGUGUUUAUUUAAAAAAAAAAAAAAAUCAAACAUCAAUUCAUUGGAUAUGGGUAUGAAGCUACUUGUGUAGUGUGCAUAUCCAUUGCCUAUUUCCUGAUGGAAAUGAAUGGGAUCCACAAACUGUUCAAUUUCUUUGGAGAAAACCUCCAUAUUUAAGUGUUUCUUUUGACGCAGGAACCUCUACUAGUGGAAAAUUUGCUGAGCUUCUAUCUGGCUCGCCAACAUCUGUGCAAAAUACUUAUUUUGGGAAGGAAACCUUCUUGCUUGCCUGCUCUCCUUCCUCACAAAGAUAGCAUCAUCCUGCAUUUUCUACACUCUGCUCAAUCCUUUACUCACCCACUUCAUCGCUUGCCAUUUACCACGAACUGUCUAGUGGAAUCAGUCAAUUUAUUAUGCCAUUUCUACCAACAAUGAUCAUAGGUGAUCAAUGAAAUCUGUCAUGCAAUGCCAACAACUGAUUAUAGUGGGAUCAAUGAAAUCUGUCAUGCUAUGUCUUCCAUUACUGAACUCGUGCUUUCUGAAAGGCGAAGCAUGCUUAGCAGUGACAUCUCAGAAUUGGAUUAGAAAUUUUUACAUGCAACACUCUUUAGUUCAUCAUGCAACUCCUCUACAGCCUUAUGUGCAUCAGCCCCUGACUUAAUGCAGGUUUUGCUUUUGUUUAUUUCAUGGAUGAGCGUGAUGCUGAAGAUGCCAUUCGUGGCCUUGAUAAUAGGCCAUUUGGUUUUGACAGGCGUAGGUUGUCAGUGGAGUGGGCUAGGGGGGAACGUGGUCGGCCUCGUGAUGGAUCUAGGUCUGUGGCAAACCAAAGGCCUACUAAAACCUUGUUCAUAAUUAACUUUGAUCCAAUACGCACAACUGUGCGUGAUAUAGAAAGGCACUUUGAACCUUACGGAAGGAUUCUUCAUGUUCGAAUUCGACGGAACUUUGCAUUUGUUCAGUUUGAGACUCAGGAAGAUGCUACCAAAGCACUCGAGUGUACUCACAUGAGCAAGCUUUUAGACAGAGUAGUAUCUGUUGAGUACGCUUUAAGGGAUGACGAUGAGAGCGGUGACAGCCAUCACGAUAGCCCUAGAAAAAGAGGUUAUAGUGGGCGUGGGGUUAGUCCUUACAAAAGGUCACCAAGUCCAGUGUAUCAAAGACGCCGGAGUCCUGAUUAUGGUCGUCCAGGUAGCCCUGUUUAUGAUAGGUACAAUGGUCCAGCAUAUGACAGGCGCAGGAGUCCUGAUUAUGGCAGGAACAGGAGUCCUGAAUAUGGCCGAUUCCGGAGCCGAUCGCCUAUACGAAGGUCAGGAACUUGAAAGAUAAUCCCGUUACAGGGGAAGUUGAAAAAAGCUUUAGCUCGAAUUAUGGUACUCUUUAGCUUUUGGUACGUAUUUGAGAUGGAGAAUUUCUAAAUGUUACAUUGAUAUUUUCAGUUGUAAGAUUUGAGAAUUAGCAACACUUCUAUGUUUAGUGAUUUGCUACCUAUAAAAGAAAGGUUUAAAGUGAUUUGCAUUUC